AUGUCCCCUACGUCAACACCCGUCCAACGGGUCUUUGCCCAAGUCCACUCCAGCUCGGGUCUGAGAUUUCCCGAGACGGUCGCGGCCUUGCUCGCCCUGGGCGUCACGCGGUACCACGUGGAUUAUGUCGCGGGGACGACGACGACGUAUGCACCGACAUCCGCGGCCAAGAGGACGACCGGGUCGAGCCAACUUGAGAAUGCAAUUGCGCAUGAGACCGAAGUCAUCGCCACACCCACGCCUCUCCACACCACCACCCCAUCCAUGGUAUUUUCUGCGUGGAACGCCCCCGCCCUCGCCCUCGCUAUAGCGCGCAUCCAAGCCAACAAAACGACCUACGCCGAGUUUUCGCGCGAGUGCAUCGCCGCCGGCGUCGCGGGGUACAUGGCGUUCUUGGCCGGGAAGCGGGUCCUAUAUUACGGCUGCGACGGAGACGUGCAUGUCGAGUGGUUUCCUGGCGUGGGCCCCGCAACGCCUGAAAAAGAGUGA